AUGCCUCGAUAUAUCCCCCUAUCAACUCUCCCUUCCCCCCUCUUACCCCAUGUCCGUCAGUUAUCCAUUAACCCAAUAAUCAAACCCCUCUCUCAGCUACCCACUCCUUCCGACCACUUAUUAGCAAACCCCAACAAGCCGGCUAAUCUGCGUGUGCAGACUUGGGUAGAUGGGAGGGGACGAUGGAAUGGAGUGUCCCAGAGGGAGAGACUGGGUGGGAAGAAGAGUGUGAAUUUUGGGGUUGAGCGGGAAGGAAGGAGGUGGGGAGGAUUAAAAUGGGCUUUGAGAGAGAGGUAG